AUGUCCAGUUCAUCGUCGGUACCGAAACCCGAAAUAACACGAGAUGCCAUAAUUUGCGACUGGAAGGUAACAAGAAAAAUCGGUUCUGGAGGCUUUGGAGCUGUAUAUGAAGUUGAGAAAGAUGGUGUGCGAGGCGCUCUCAAGACUGAGUUUGUGGACCAGACUGGCGAACGAAGUGAAACUUUAAGGAAUGAGGCGAGCAAGAAUUCAGCAUGCGGCGGUCUUGAAACCGUACAAGAACCUCGAGCAGAUCCCAAAUGGAGAGUUAUGCAAUUGCGAGUUAUGCAGUGGUCAAAACACUUUUGUCGAUUAUAUUUAGCAUGUAGACUAAGAUGUGGAAAAGAGAUUGUCAAUGUAAUGAUUAUGAGCCUCGUCGAGAGGCCGUUGUCGAGACUUCGACGUAUGACUCCUGAAUCCCGGUUCACGCGAGCUACGGCCGUCAGAUUGUCGCGACAGUGCCUAGAGGUGAGGUCCAGCCCCGAAGAGAAGAACAAGCGAUACUUGCGUAGUGGACGUGGACGCGGACUUGAGAAUCAGUUUCAGGCUAUACAUGACCUACAUCGCACUGGAAUUAUACAUAGAGACAUAAAAGCCAGCAACUUUGCUUGGUCCUCAGAGCGAGUUGUGUAUCUACUUGAUCUGGGAUUCUGCCGAAGAUUUGUAAGUUUUUCAGCUUUUCCAUCGCAAUCGUAUAAAUAG